AUGGCACCACCAUCAGCGACCACCACACAAAGCGAAACCAAUGGCUCCUAUCCCUCCACCAAAGCGCCCCUUGAGCCCGGCUUAAGCGAAUCCCGAGCCAGAGGGCAAAUGGCACACUUCCCCGGCCCUCCCACCUUCACUGAUAAAUACGAAGAGCGCGAAUACCUCAAAGGCCGACUCGCGGCCGCCUUCCGUAUAUUCGGGAAGUACGGCUUCGACGAAGGAGUGGCGGGACACAUCACACUUCGAGAUCCAGUGGACCCUACUACAUUUUGGGUGAACCCGUGGGGGGUGGCAUUCUCGUUAAUAAAGAGGAGUGAAUUGAUACAAGUGGACCACAGUGGAAAGAUUAUUGGUGGAGGGAGUGUCAAGUUGUUGAAUACAGCUGCGUUUAUGAUACAUGGCGCAGUGCAUAAGGCGAGGCCGGAUGUGAUGUGUGCUGCGCACAGCCAUAGUAUCUAUGGACGCUCCUUCUGCACCUUAGGCCAGAAGCUCGACACCAUAACGCAAGAUUCCUGCGCAUUUCAUGACGACCACGUCCUCUACUCAACAUUCAACGGCAUCGUCCUUGCCGAGAAGGAAGGCGAAGAGAUUGCACACGCCCUGGGAGACAAAAAGGCCGCUCUUCUCCAAAACCACGGCCUCCUGACGGUCGGCGGAACCAUUGAAGCUGCGGUGUUCUGGUUCAUGAGCCUCGAGAAAUGCUGUCACGCGCAGCUGAUGGCAGACGCCGCUGCUGGAGGCCGAGGUCGCGAAACCGUAAAGAUCAAUGAUGAGGAUGCAGCAUUCACAUAUAAGACUAUUGGAACGCCAAGAGGCGGCUGGUUUAGUGCCAAGCCGUUGUUCGAUGUCAUUGAGAAGGAGUGUGGUGCAGAUUAUUUGCAAUAG